AUUAUGACGUAUAAAAAAUUGAUUAAAUAUCAAAUAUAUAAAAUACAAUUAUAGUCAUGAUCCUGAAGUUAGCAGACAGUUACAAAAUUUUGAAUUUUUUUUUUUACAAUUUACCCAAGUAGCACAGAGUCAACUUUCAGAGAUCUUUUAAAAGGACAAGACAAAUUUUUUUUUGUCUCAAAGUCAUCAUUUUUGGUAUAAAUUACGACAUGCAAAUGUUGGUUCCGGAGACAGAGAAAAUUUGUGUCGUUUUUCCUAUCUCAUGUCAAUUAAAAAGUCUUUUAGAUGACUUACUUUACCACUAUUUGUAAUUUACUUUUUGUCGUCACUUGUGUUAAGUCUUUUAAGUAGACAUUUUUUCGGUGACACAAAUUUUUGAUCGUUUUGUCAACAUAUUGAUGCCUUAUUGACAAGUCAAAAAGUAUCCUAAAAACUGAUAUCUUAUAGAUGUCACAAAGGCAAGUGUGCUACCUGGGUCAAUUUAAAAAUAUGGAAAAAUAAAAAUAUGUACAAAUAGAGAAUUUAAAAAACUAUAGUUUGAAUAUUAAUAAACGAAGCGACUUAGUAUUCGUUAUUAUGGACAUCAUUGUUUUCGCAUAAGCGCCACUUGUCGAGUCUGGUCGAGUCGUCAUGGAACCAGAUCUCAAUUUCUGAUCGUUCAAUGUUCAAGUUUCAAGUUGACUUUUUAGUUUGCUUAGCUUUAGUCUAGCAGCUGAUCAAUAAUAUUUAAUAGCAAUACAAUAUAAGUCAAUUUUAAAACCUAAAACAUGAUUUUAUUAUUUAUAAAAAUUAUUUUAUAACUCGGACAAUAAGUAAUUAAAAUUAAUUGUAACUUUUAAGAAUAUCAGGAUAGAAAAGGGUGCAAUAAAUAAAAGAUGUUUGAUAAAAUAAAUAAAGAGCUAGUGCCGAUAAAGGCGCAUUAUUUUUUAUAUAACGCUGCAACAGGACCAGUGAUACCAUUUUUACCAGUGAUAGCAAAGCAAUUAGGAUUCUCAGGAUUUUUAGUCGGUAUAAUAUAUACAAUACUCCCAAUAUCAGGACUGUUAGCAAAGCCGUUAUUUAGCAGCAUAGCUGAUAAAUUUCGACUGCAUAAAAUAUUUUUCCUCACAUUUCAAGCAAUUCUCGCUAUUUCAUUUUUUUCAAUAUAUUUUAUCCCAAAAAUAAAUCACCAGUCGAUAGGUAAUGUCACACUAGCGUGCCAUGUAGAAACAUAUAUUCAUAUAUGUCCAUAUAAUACCACUAAAGACUUUUCUACUGAAGCUAUGAGACAAGUUUUCGUAUCCAACCGCACACAUGCUUCUUGUAAAUUAUCUUGCCAAGCAUCCUCGAUGGUCUACGAUGAACUCUGUCACGGCUGGAAGCUAAAUCAAUUUUGCGGGCUAGUAAAUACAAAUAUUGAACCAGACACUAAAUUUGAAUUCACUGCCGCAUUCAAUAUGCUCGAUAAUCAAAACAUAACGUCUUGUGUGCAUGUUAAAAUAAAAAAUGCAACUUUUGAUGACAACGUCGUUCAUCAUCCAUAUUGUGACUUGAAAGACAAGCCGAUGUACACUCAGUGUGUAGCCAAUUGUACAGAUGUCCCAGAAAUGAAUAGACUAUUUAGUGAACUAGAUGGUAAAGAUAUCAGUCAGACGACAAAUUAUCAGUUUCAUUUAUUUCUGUGGUCUGCGGUUGUUAGUUGGAUUGGUAUGGCCGUUGUUGUCAGUAUCGCUGAUUCUAUCUGCGUUGAUCUCCUAGGUAAUGAACGUAUUAGUGAAUACGGAAAACAAAAAAUGUGGGGGUAUAUUGGGUUCGGAAUUUUUUCUAUCAGCACUGGAUAUCUGGUUGAUCUCUUCAGCAGAGGAAAUGUUGACAAAGACUACUCUUGUAUAUUUUAUAUCAUGUUAAUAGGAAUGGUGUUUGAUAUAAUUGUGUCAGCAACUUUAAACAAAAAAUCAGUGGAUCGUAUCGAAGAUGAUCCAUCUGUUCUAUGGGAGUUGGGAGCAGUAGCAAGAGAAGGCCGAGUUCUUGUAUUCAUUUUCUGGUGUGUCGGUGCUGGAAUUUGCACAGGAGUAGUCUGGAAUUUUUUAUUUUGGCACACAGAAGAUUUAGCUGAUAACAAAGACUGGCUCAAAACACUCCAAGGCCUAAUUAUUGGUGUUCAAUGUUUCUUAGGCGAGUUACCAUUUAAUUUUAUAUCCGCGCGGAUACUUAAAAAAUUCGGCCAUAUUAACGUCAUGAGUUUAGUUCUGAUAAUUUACGCAAUGAGGUUUAUGGCAUACAGUUUAAUUACAAAUCCGUGGAUGUAUUUGGUCGUGGAAAUACUUCAUGGGCCAACUCUAGGUCUUUGUCGGCCUACAAUGAUAGCAUACGGAGAUAAAAUUGCGCCUUCUGGCACCAGAGCGACGAUGCAGGGUCUCGUCGGUGCUAUUUUUGAAGGCAUCGGUGUAUCAAUGGGUAGUCUUAUUUGUGGCAGUUUAAUGGAUGACUAUGGCGGAAUGAUGACAUUCCGUAUAUUUUCCGUUGGUGCGCUGUCUUGGCUGAGUAUUUACUGGAUGCUACAGUUAUUGUUACGGAAAGCCAAAGCUUACCCACUUCACCAAGGCCACAGUCAUUUAGCGAGUUACGCAACACCAAGCGAUGCAAUUCUUAUGACCACGAGCCAAGAACUCCAAACUUAUUAAAAAUAAAAAAGUAUAAUUAAUAAUCACGUGAUUGGUGCUUUCACUAAAAUUAUUUUUAAAUAUUUUAUACUUAAACUUUAGUUAUAUAUAUAAAUUUAUUAUAAUUUAUCAUCUUAUCCACACGUAAAAUCCGGUGACUAUUAACCUUUCGAUAAAAAAAUGUACAAAAAUUUUAAAAAUUAAUUUCACCGCAAUAUAACGAUCAAUUAAUUACCAUAUUUUGAUAUCAUAAAUAUUAAAAUAUUUCUCUUUUACCGGAAGGUUAAUAAUAGUGUAAUUAUGUGAUAUUUCAUGAUUUAUUCAGUACCUCAGUAUUAUUUA